CCGCGGCGCAGUUUUCUCCAGUGGAGUGGAGCUAUAAGUGACGGGCAGCGUGUGAGCGCCGUCAGUGGAUGGUGGUGUCUAAUGUGAUGGAUCUCCCUAUCUGGAUUGCUGAAUAGGACAGAACAUUUGAAUCCUCUGUGGAAACAUGAAAACGAAGAACUGCUUUUCAUUUAUCGUUCAGGACAAGUGACACAUUCCAGGGAAAAGCUUUAGGUUUGGGGCUUUUUUUGCAAAGUUCAGAAGAAUCUGCAUUCUCUGGGAUUUUAAAUAAAUGUAAAAUGAGAACGGUUUGAAGUCUAGCCUUCAAAAUGAAUGUUGGGAAGUCAGAUGACAAAGCAAAGAAUGGCUUGAAGUCUUCCUUACUUAUAAGGGAUGAAAAUGGAAAUAACUAUGCACAUGACAGAGCUACACCUUCCUCAAAGAAUUGUGCCACCAAGAUACACAGUAAUUCAACUGACCAGAAUAUAGCGGCUGAGCAUGAAGAUGAUUUUGAAAAUAAGAGUGACUUCAGAAGUAUUCUUUUAAAACAGCAGUGUAUUGAAGUACUUGAUCUGCAGAAGACACCUGGCAGAUACAACUGCACAGGAGCUCUGUCGGGAGAGGCAGAUGCUGCAUGCAAGUCUUCCAUGACUGAAGAGACUUGCAUGUGUCCUUUGAACUGUGACUUGAAAGCAACAACAAACUUAUUGAAAGGUGAUGGUGUUAUGGCAAAAAUGCAAAAUCAGAGUAUCAAACACACAGUGCCUUAUAGUCAGACUGACUCUAAGUGUGUAGUAACAUUUCCUGCUUCAGAGCAGAACAUGCAGUCCCUGAUAAAUGAUGGGGCGUGCUGCCACCUGAGCACAUGGGAUGUUACUAAUGUUACAGGUGAAACUCUGGGAACUGAUCAAAAUGAUGAUAUGCAUCUGAGAGAAACACUGAUCUCUUCUGAAAUAUGUACAAGAGAGAAAUUUGAUAGAACCAGCUCAGAAAGAACACCUAAUUGCACCUCUGCAGGUGUUGAACACUGUCUGAAAAAUGCUAUCAAGACUGAUAAAGAAUCACAGGAAACAGAAGCACAGUCUGUAGAACUAGCUACUGAAUGUAUAGAUCCUUAUAGGCGAGAUGCAUUGUCACCGUGCAUUAAUAUUAAUGAAGAUGACCAAUUGCAAUCCUUGCAGGAUAACUCUGACCACGAUGAAACUGGGAAUUCCAAUGCUAAAACGGGCGUGGAUAGUCUUGUAAAUAGUGUGCACCUUCUCUCAGUAGAUAAAAUGUAUGUAGAACAAGUAUCACAGAAAACCAGUGAACCCUUAACCAAAGAACAGAGUAUCUCUGGAAAUGCUGCUCUUCAGGAUAUGCACAACACCCCUUCUAUAUCUUGCAGUGUACCAAAAUUAAAGAGGACUGCUAUACCUGACCUGAAAUGCGAAGCAACUUUUGUGGUCUUCAGUCCUAUGGCUGAUGAAAGUGCUUCUACUCUAUGUACUUCAACCCCUAAAGAGCGAUCAAAAAAUAGAACUUUUUCUGUUUCAGCUUUGGAAGAACUUGGAGACAAGUCUCCUAAACUAAGACCAAAUGAGGCAUUUGUAGCAGGACAUAAGAAAAGGACUGUGCUUAGAGCUAGUUCAGAUCAAACUGUAAGAAAACCAGUGGGCAGGUCUCCUGUUGUGUCAGCAAUAACCAAAGCGAAGAAAUUGGAGAUUGUUAGUUUUCCCAAACCUGAUUUCAAAAAUGUGAAGCCAAAGGUGGUGUCUAGACCUGUGCUACAGUCAAGAGACAGUGCAGCAUUAAAACAGUCUCCCCAGUCCUCCCAGCUAUCAGCUGUCUCCUCACCUUCACGGGUUACUUCCCCAAGGCAAUUAUCCUCUGUAAAAGUGCUGAAAAAGACAGUAGAUCUAGCUAAAGAUUCAAAAGUGGAAUUGCCUGUAAAUAAACCCCAUAAGCUACAUCUUAACAAACGCCUCUUCACUAGCCAAGUUGUACAUGCCACAACACCUCCCAGGAACGCUUCCCACAAGGCUUCAAAGACACCUGCAUUAAAGCAAAGUCCUGAAGACACUGACAAAGCAAGCACUACCCAUUCGGCGUGCUCCUUGGGUUCUGCUGCAUUUCCAACAUGUGUAGAGAGCUCGGAAGAGAUGCUAAAUGAUAAAAUGGAAAGUUCAGACUCCUUAAUGCAGCCUUGUGCUCAAGAUAUUGACCCAACUGGAGGUGAAAAAGAGCAAAGCAGCAAUAUGGGAAUGCUUCUGGAAGUGACCUUGAUAAAAGAUGUGGCAAAUGAAACGUUUGACAUGCAGUCUGUUCCUUUGAUGCCUUCUGUGAAAGAUGGGACAACGCAAGGGAAAAGCAUACCAAAGAAAGACCCAGUCACGCUACAGAGUGUAUCGACUCCCAAGGAUAGAAUGGUGCCGUCUGUGUUGACCUUGAAGAGAGGAUGUAAAAGUAAAACUACCAGCACUGUUAAAACACCUUCUCACAAGGAAACUCCUUUGUCAGCGAGCUCCGGUAUAGGAUCUUUGCCAGGAGAGAAACAUGCCUCAGUGAAAAAUUCUCCAGCCUCCUUGACUAGCUCUGGUAAAUCCCUUGCCAAAUUCAAAGUGCCUGUCAAAAGAUCGGUGCUUGAGAGAACACCUAGCCUCUCAUCAGUCAGCAGCACUCAGAGUGAGCGAAGUCUUUUCAGCAGUAAUUCUGCAAAUGCCACAGUCAUCAAGAAUGGAGAAUGGCCUUCAAAACCAGCCUGCCAGAAUGGCACUUCGGGACCUGUCCCUUUGAAAGCACUAUCAAGGCCUAGAUUGCACUUGUUGAAGUCAACUCCUAAAGGAGCCAAAACCAAGUCUCCUUCACUGAACCAGUGCACACCAAAAUCAGCUGGGCCACUGCACUCAGGAAGGAAAGUCAGUGAGAUUAGAGGUUCUCCUGGAAGAAAUGUACACCAAAGCCUAUCUUGUUUGGGUCCUGUUGACAAGGGCAAGCAGCGGAGUCCCAGGAGUUCGUGCAUACAGACUCAAGGCUCCACAGAUGCACGUUCACCUGGCACAAAAGCAGCCGAGUUGACGCAGUACAAAACAAAAUGUGAAACCCAAAGUGGAAUCAUCCUGCAGCUGAAAAAAUUCCUGGCAUCCAGUAACCAGAAGUUUGAAGCAUUAACUAUUGUCAUCCAGCACCUGCAGUCUGAGAGGGAGGAAGCACUGAAACAGCGUAAAGAGUUAUCUCAAGAGCUAGUUAACCUUCGAGGAGAACUGGUAACCACUUCUGCAGCUUGUGAGAAAUUGGAGAGAGACAGGAAUGAACUGCAAAUUGCUUAUGAAGGGUUUUUGCAAAAGUUAAACCAGCAACAUCAUGAUGACUUAGCUGAGCUGGAGGAGAGGCUUAAACAGUUUUACACUGCAGAAUGUGAGAAACUCCAAAGUAUCUGCAUUGAGGAAGCUGAAAAGUACAAAGCACAACUCCAGGAGCAGGUGGACAACCUAAAUACCACACAUGAAAGCUUUAAGCUGGAACUCGAAAACAGACACUCAGAAAAAGUGGAGGAGCUGAAAAAGGAGUAUGAAUCCUUCGUUUCAGAGCUCAAGAGCACGCAUGAAUCUGAAAGGAAGUCACUUGAAGAUUCCUUUAAAGAGAAGCAGGAAUUGCUGGAGAAAAAAAUCGAUGAACUAAAAAGUGAAAACGACUCUCUGAGUGAGAAGCUGAAAUUAGAAGAACAAAAACAAAUAGCCAAAGAAAAAGCCAAUCUUAAAAACCCACAGAUUAUGUACCUGGAACAGGAGCUGGAAAGUUUGAAAGCAGUGCUGGAGAUCAAGAAUGAGAAACUCCAUCAGCAGGAUAUAAAGCUAAUGAAGAUGGAAAAACUGGUGGAGAACAACACAAUCUUAAUGGAUAAAUUAAAGAAGGUUCAACAAGAAAACGAAGAAUUGAAAGCUCGGAUGGACAAACACAUGGAGCUUUCAAGGCAACUUUCUACAGAGCAAGCUGUUUUACAGGAGUCACUAGAGAAAGAAUCAAAAGUAAACAAACGCCUGUCAAUGGAAAAUGAAGAACUUCUGUGGAAGUUGCACAAUGGUGACCUAUGCAGCCCAAGAAAACUGUCUCCCAGUUCUUCAUCUGUGCCUCUUCAGUCCCCACGAAAUUCUGGUAACUUCUCUAGUCCUGCUGUGUCACCGAGAUGACAUCUCUUGAGAGAAAGAGGGGAUUGCAUUUCAUUUCUGAUCUGCAGAACCAAUCUUAACUUUAAUCACAGGAGCAAGAGCUAUAUUAGCCGACUAUGACAUCUGAACAUAACUGGAAACUAUUCAGAGCAAAAAUGGCAAGAAGAGACUGUGAAUAUGGGAGUAAGACAUUCACUCCUCCCGAAAAGACUUGUUUAUGACCUCUAUGGACAUCGUUGCACAAAGCACUUAAGGAACAAGGAAAGACUUGUUUGUUGCCUUUUCACCUAACUCUAAGAAGAAGCUCAGGGGCUUAGAGAUAAAGAUCACAACCUUUAUAAUAUGUUCCUUAUCACCGACACUUUUUUAAGGCUGUGUGUGCGUGCGUGUGCUGUGGAUGGGAUGGAUGUAACACACUGUGCGUGUGUCUAAUGCUGCCUUCUUUGCUGUGUACGUAAUAAAGGAUAAAAGCUGAAGACUAUA